AUGACCGAGCUCAAGGCCAAGGGGCCCCGCGCUGCCCACGUGGAGGGCGGCGCGCUGUCCCUGUCCUUGUCCCCAGCGGUCCCGGGGGUCCCUCCCGCCUUGGACCCAGGGCUGCUCUUUCCUCCCAAACCCACCGAUCGCCCGGCAGGCGCUCCCCCAGACCUGGACGCCCCGAGACCCCCCGAGAAAGACAGCGGGCUGCUGGACAGCGUCCUGGACACGCUCUUGGCACCGUCGGGGCCCGCGCACGUUCCAUCCCCGGCCGCCUCGGACCCUGCCACCGCCUCUCCUUGGUGCCUCUUUGGUCCGGAGCUGCCCGAAGACCCCCGGGGGUCCCCCACGCUCAUGAACCGGCCGGAUUUAAGCAAAGCGGGAGAGUGCCCCGGUCCUCCGGGCCAAGCGCACAAGGCGCGCCCGCUGGGGCAAGAACCGCAGCACUGGUCCAGAUGCGCCCCGCAGCCUCCAGCUGUGUUGGUGACCGUGGACCACGAUGAGGAGGACGUGGGAGACGACAACGACGACUCGGAGGCCGAGGAGGGUCCCCCGGGGCCGAUGCGCAGUAUAGAAGGCAGAGCCCGCGCGCUCGGGGACCCGCCCGGAGGAGGAGGAGGAGGAGGAGAAGGAGGAGCAGCGGCCACCCGGGAGGACCAGACGCGCUGCCCCGACGCGCCCGGGCGCUUCCCAAGGGACCUGGACUUCAUCCAUGUGCCGCUGCUGAAGCUACCCCAGGCCGUGUGGGCAGCCAGGACGCGGCAGCUGCUGGAAGGCGACGGGUUCGAGUCCAGGACCUCGCCGGGACCCUUCCCCGAUUGCGCCUACCCGCCGGGCACCGCCGAACCCCGCGAUCGGGACCGCGAGGAUGCCUUUGCGCUCUACGGAGACCCGCAGCCUUCCUCGCUGAAGAUCAAGGAGGAGGAAGAGGGGAGCGCCGAGGCGGCCAAGCGCUCCCCCAGGCCCUUCGUGCUGGCCGGACCCGCCGCCGUCUACGCGGCCGACUUCGCCUUGGCACCGCCGCGCGCGCCCGGGGAGGUGGCAGCCGCUAUGCCCGGCACCCUGGCGGCCCCGUCGGGCUCGGCGCUCGAGUGUCUGCUGUACAAGGCCGAGGGCGCGCCUCCAGCGCCGGCGCCAGCACCUCUGCCCGCCUGCAAAGCCCCGGCUGGGGGUGCCUGCCUGGUGCCCACCGCCUCUGUGGCAGCCGCCGGCGCCCCGACCCCGGCGCUCUACCCGCCACUCGGCCUCAACGGGCUGCCGCCGCUCGGCUACCAGGCGGCUGUGCUCAAGGACGCGCUGCCGCCAACCGUCUACCCGCCCUAUCUCAACUAUAUAAGGUCGGAUGCAGAUGCCAGCCCGAGCCCCCAGUACAGCUUCGAGACAUUGCCCCAGAAGAUCUGUUUAAUCUGCGGGGAUGAAGCGUCCGGCUGUCAUUAUGGUGUCUUGACCUGUGGGAGCUGCAAGGUGUUUUUCAAGAGGGCCAUGGAAGGGCAGCAUAACUAUCUAUGUGCUGGAAGAAACGAUUGCAUCGUUGAUAAAAUUCGCAGGAAAAAUUGCCCAGCGUGUCGCCUCAGAAAAUGCUGUCAGGCUGGCAUGGUCCUUGGAGGUCGGAAGUUUAAGAAGUUCAAUAAAGUCCGAGUCAUGAGGGCCCUGGAUGCUGUGACACUCCCACAGUCAGGGGCAAUGCCCAGUGACAGCCAGACCUUAAGCCAGAGAAUGAGCUUCUCUCCGUCUCAAGACAUUCACCUGAUCCCCUCGCUUAUCAACCUACUGAUGAGCAUUGAGCCAGAAGUCAUCUACGCUGGCCAUGACAACUCCAAGCCCGACACCUCCAGUUCUCUGCUGACAAGUCUUAACCAGCUCGGCGAAAGGCAGCUCCUUUCUGUGGUCAAGUGGUCAAAGUCGCUGCCAGGUUUUCGAAACUUGCAUAUUGAUGACCAGAUAACUCUUAUUCAGUAUUCGUGGAUGAGCUUAAUGGUGUUUGGUCUUGGCUGGAGAUCUUACAAGCAUGUCAGUGGGAAGAUGCUCUAUUUUGCACCUGAUCUGAUAUUAAAUGAACAACGGAUGAAGGAAUCGUCAUUCUAUUCAUUAUGCCUUACCAUGUGGCAGAUCCCACAGGAGUUUGUCAAACUCCAAGUCAGCCAUGAAGAGUUUCUCUGUAUGAAAGUCUUGCUGCUGCUUAAUACAAUUCCUCUGGAAGGUCUCAGGAGUCAGAACCAGUUCGAGGAGAUGAGAUCAAGUUACAUUAGGGAACUCAUCAAGGCGAUAGGUUUGCGGCAAAAGGGAGUUGUCUCUAGCUCACAGCGUUUCUAUCAACUUACAAAGCUUCUGGAUAGCUUGCAUGAUCUCGUCAAACAACUUCAUCUGUACUGCUUGAACACAUUUAUCCAGUCCCGGUCCUUGAGUGUUGAAUUUCCAGAAAUGAUGUCGGAAGUUAUUGCUGCACAGUUACCCAAGAUUUUGGCAGGAAUGGUGAAGCCGCUUCUCUUUCACAAAAAGUGAAUGUCAUUUUGCAUUUUUAAAAAUAUUCAAUUUUAUGGUCUGAUGUUUCUGCGUUUUUGUUUAGGUCCGGAUUCUGAGGUCUUAAGUGUUUGUGAUGUUCUUCUCAAAGCCUUACAUUUAUAACAUCAUACUGUGUAAAUUUCUGAGAAAAAUUGUGAGGUUUUAUUUUCCUUUAUAAGGCAUAAUUAGAACUUUUGAGGUGUUUUGUGUACCCAUAUUUUUCUUUAGGUUGUUUACAAGUUCAAAAAAAAAGUAUUAACUUUGAUCAGUAAAAU